GUAUACAGAUAUAAAAUCAUUCCCCAGGGGCAGCUGACAGAUGGAAAUGGUGACAUGAUGUCCGGGGCAGCGGUUGGCAACAAGACGAUAGGCGAUCGGGCUUUGCAGCAGCAGAUACAAACUGUCUGGAAGACUCUACAGGAUACAAGGAGUAACUUGUUCAUCUGCGAUACUCUCAUUCGCCAAAUAGUGAAGCCGGCACCUGCCGUCGGUGCCACGGCGUCACGACAGAUGCCCAAGACGUCCGUGCAGACGGACGUCCGGCCCGUGACGAGUGUGGGUACCCAGUGUGUGCGUGGCACUGUGGAGAACGAGUACUGCCAGACGGCCCCUGAGCUCUGCACCCGGGGCGUGCAGGCCAAGGAUGUUGCUGCCACCGUGCGGAACAAAUAUUGCCAGGCAGUCGCUGAUGUCGCCACAUCAGUUGUCCAGACGGUUGGGGCAGGGGAGUGAAAUGAAAAGGACUGCAACUUCAAGGCCAAAUAGUGUUGGAUCGUCGUUGAAGCACAAGAGUACAGGAGAAACAUAUCCAGUUGACUUCGAACUGUGUCCAGUAUAUCCUCUACUCACUGGUAAUCAUAAUGCUACAAGGUUGUGAAAGUCUGAUGCUGGCAACUUAUUGCAGGAGUCAAUAUGUAUUGCGCUAUAAGCUCAGAAACCACGCACUACGUCUUUGGAAAUAAUAGCAAAGGAAAAAGAAUGUUAUUUCCAGAGGUAAAUAUUAGGACAGUGAAAACUUUUGCAGAAACUGGAUUGACAGUAAUUUGAGAUGAAGUUCAGUGUUAGUAUAACGUCAUGACUGGGGUCUGUUACUGUAAUACGACUAUUUAAAAAAGAAUGCAGAUCAGAGCCAGUCUUUUCUUUUUGACCAUUUAAAUGACAAAAUGUUUUACACGUAUCAGCAUGUGCUCUUUGGGGAUAGUAGUCAAUAAAGCUACUAAAUUGAUUACGUAUUUUUAAGUCCUCUUUGAAUUUUUUGUGGGUAAAUAUUCGUACCAGUAUACCAGGAGCACAAAAUGUGUGCUGGGACAGUUUGAAAAGAUCUGCGGGAAAUUAUUACUGUCAGCUUUUGAUACUACACAUACACCCUAGGAGGAUGACAUUUCCCGAAGGACUGGCAUCCACAGCUAACUUAAAACAGUGUGUAUAAUGCCACAUUUGCAACCACUACAGUAUCAAAGUCAGUUUUAUGACUUUCAUGUAAUGCUUCUUCAAGCACUGGCAAACAGUCUACUCUGCAUGCUGCAUCCAUACUAGAUGUAUCAUCCACUUGACAUUGUGUUACCCAGCCUACCAGCAGCUACUGCAGUUGUCUUUGAGAUUGUAGAAAUAGUAUCUACAACAUCUUGCCCAGUCUCCUACAAAUUCUGAAUCUUCUGUGCUCUUUAGUAACUUCAUCCCAGCAGUUCCUGGCACAUUCAGCCAGGACUUCAUCUUGCAUGGAACUAUGCCCCCUCCAUGAAGUCAGUCUUGUAGGCCUAAAAGAAAUAUUCAUUAAUGUCUGUAUGAUCCCUGUAACUGCAAAUGCCAACCAAAAAUGAAUAAAUAAUAUUUCUGUUACAUUAAA